GACUCAGCCCUGCCCGAGCAUUGCCCUGGGCAAUGCCUGCCCUGGGCCUGCAAGGUUUGCAAGCGGAAGACGGUCUCCAUUGACCGGCGGCGGGCAGCCACCCUGCGGGAGAAACGCAGGUUGAAGAAGGUGAACGAAGCCUUUGAGGCGUUGAAACGCAGCACCCUGCUCAACCCCAACCAGCGGCUGCCCAAGGUGGAGAUCCUGCGCAGCGCCAUCCAGUACAUCGAGCGCCUGCAGAGCUUGCUCAGCACCCUCAACCAGCAGGAGCGGGAGCAGAGGGACCUGCGCUUCCGCCCUGCUGCUCCCCAGCCUGGG